UUGCACAGAUGACAAAAUAUUAAGGACUCCAAACUAAUUACAGGCAUUACCACACUGUUUGUCCAGCGACUGUCCCUCCUCUUUUGGCUCAACCUCAACGAGAGGCACUGGAUCGGCUUCGGAGGACCAGGAAGAGGAGUUUGAAGAACAGUAGGAGAUUGAAAAGGAGGAUACGGGUAGCCAUGAGAACUGCCAGGCGGGCCAGCACCAUGGAGGUGCCCUCAUUCUUGCGGCAGCUGGUGAAGGAAACCGAGAAGAUGGUAACCUUCUUCUUCAAGGGUGGGCGACGGGAGUCGGGAGCUGAUGAUGACUACUUUGAAAAUGAAGAGGACAUAGGUAGACCCUACCUAGAAAGGCCCAUUUUGGAGAAAGAUAUGGCAGAAGGGGGUUCGAAAUGGGGCAUUAAUUACGCAAUGGCCAGUAUGCAGGGCUGGCGUGCCCAGAUGGAGGAUGCCCACACCUGCAUGCCAGAGAUGACCGAUGCCUUGCCAGACUGGAGCUAUUUUGCCGUGUACGAUGGACAUGCGGGGAGAACGGUGGCUCAGUACUGCUCCAGACACCUGCUGGAUUUUAUUCUCGACACAGGCUGUGUGACGGUGGAUGAGGAUGUAGAACAUGUCAAAGAGGGCAUCAGAGAUGGCUUCCUCGGCAUCGACCGCCACAUGCACUCCCUGUCCCGUAAUGAGAGCUGGGACCACAGCGGAUCUACAGCAACCGCUGUUAUGAUCUCUCCACGAAACAUCUACUUCAUCAACUGCGGCGAUUCACGGACCUUCCUUUGCCGUAAUAGUCAUGUGGUCUUCUACACGGAGGACCACAAACCUUGCAACCCACGCGAGAAAGAGCGCAUCCAGAACGCUGGCGGCUCCGUCACCCUGCAGCGAAUCAACGGUUCACUCGCUGUGUCCCGUGCCCUUGGUGACUUCGACUUUAAGGAGGUGGAAUGGAGGGCUCAGACCGAACAGCUGGUGUCACCUGAACCAGAGGUGUACGAGCUGGAGCGAACACCAGAAGAUGAGUUCCUGGUAGUGGCAUGUGAUGGUGUCUGGGACGCCAUCAGUAACGAGGAGCUGUGUGCGUUUGUGCGCAACCGCCUGCAGGUCUGUGAUGAUCUGAGGGAGAUCUGCGCUCAGGUCAUUGACCUCUGCCUCUAUAAGGGAAGUUUAGACAACAUCAGCAUUAUCAUCAUCUGCUUCGAUGGCGCCCCCAAGGUGACACCAGAGGCACUGCAACAUGAGGCUGAGUUAGAGCAGCUCAUUGAGCAAAAAGUGGAAGAGAUCAUUCAAGUGAUCAGAUCUAAAGAUGAGGAACCUGACCUGCUCUAUGUGAUGAAAUUUCUGGCAUCUGAAAAUAUUCCCGGCCUCCCACCAGGUGGAGGAAUCUCAUGCAAGAGAGAUUGCAUAAUUGCCGCAUAUCAGAAAUAUGCAGCAGCCUUUAGAUCUCUUGAGCCAAUGGAUAUUGGCGGAUCUGAUGACUCCACCUAGUGGCCGUUACCCCUGAAGAUGGAAUCAAGCCUUGAAUCUCUGUAGAUGUAAUAAUUCAUGUGAGGACGAUAUUUGUGUGCCACCUGCUUUACAGAGGUCAGAUUGUUUAGCCAAACUGUUCCUUUUUAAAUCAAUGUUGUGUAUUGUACACAUAGAAACAGGAGGUGUUUUUAUCAAAUACUUUCAUAAAAGUGGCUUUUGCACCAGAGGAACGACGGCAGUACCCGCUUGUUGGCAUGUUCGCACUGCAGGAACUGGGAAUGAUUUUAGGUCUUGGAACGUCUUUUGGAGGGACUGAAUUAGCUCCUACUUCAGAGUAGGGUCUAACCCAGCACAAUAGGAAUGACCAGUGAUUGGCCGAAUACCAUAAAUGCCAUACGAAACACCGACACUCGCUAUUUUUAAAAAGCCCUGUAAAUACACAGUUUACAUAUACUUACUCCACAACCUAACUACACGAACAGGGAAAACGGUGAUAGAUGGACUGAUGCCGAAGUCCAGGCACUUCUCAAACUUUACGCUACAGAGUUGUUGACGUUGUUGAAUGCCGCGCUUAAAUGACGUCACUGUCGGACGGCUUACGUCACUUUAGAGUUCCUACUGGCGGUGCAAAUGCAACCAUGAAAAUGGCUCUAUAGGGGAAAAUAACUACCCGGUGCGAAAGCCUCUAACUACACUAGUGUAUUUUUGUUUUAAAAUGAAAACGAUCCUCGUCUACACUGGCAUUUCAACAGCGUUUCAGAAACGAUCUCCGUCUACAAUACACGACAUGUCACAUGACCGUUCAUGCACACAGGGCAUGCGUGUACAGAUGUAAACAUUGCCUCUUGCGCAUGUUGGCAGCUGCAGUAUUAAAAAAAUGCAGAGUUUAACUGCACAGUGGCUGCUAAAAGUGACAACAAAGCCAGCAAAGAUUGCAGUUCAGUCUCCAUGUUAUUGUUUACACGGUCGUCAAGAAUACGCAGAGUGAACGUGGGCAGCCACGCCAUCAUUUUCAAAUAUCUCCAUUUUGGUCCGUUUACACUGAAAUGCAACCCUGGCGUUUUCAAACUAAAAUGGGUUCUGCAGCGUUUUUGAAAGUCUACGUUUUUGAGGGUCGAAAAUGCCGGAGUAGUGUAAACGACAGGCGUAACCGUAACAAAAGUCAUGUGUUUUAAAACGAAAACGCACUAGUGGAAACAGGGCCUCAAGGUAAAGCAUUUAACAUUGACACCAUGGAAAGGUUCUAAUGAAACAUAUAAAGAUUUCACAUUUGUUUAAGGUGAAGUGUGUAAUCACUAGUGUCAUCAAAAAUAACAGUUAUUUCAAACACUCCACUCAUUGCCAUUGGUCAAACAAAUAGAUUUCCCCGCCCCAAAAUCACGCCAUUGGUUGAACCACUGUUGUCUUGUAAGACUAGAAAGACCAUUAAAGGUGCAAUAUGUAAGAAUUUUGCAGUAAAAUAUCCAAAAACCACUAGGCCAGUGUUAUAUAUUUUGUUCAUUUGAGUACUUACAAUAUCCCAAAUGUUUCCAACUAUUUGUAAAUCUUGAGAAUUGCAAUUUUAACCAAGGCUCCGGGAUGUGUGAGGAGUCGCCUGUCAAUGGCGUCAUACCCGUGUUACCCUCAGUUUCCGGUUUUAUUUUGUAGGAACCAUGGAAACACCAAAGACACUUUAAUAUAUAUUACAUGUUUUAAUAGACAAGGGAACAACUGUUUUGAUAUAUUUAUAGACAGAAAACUAAUUAUUGUUAUAUAGCUCAACACGUUUAGUCUUAUUGUUUAAAUCUAAUUUUCUUGAUUUUUUGCUGGUACCAUGCUUUACCACGCCACAGAGAAAAAUACUAUUUUGUGAAGUAGCUAACAUAGCAUAAUCAGAUGCAGCUUUAUUUUUAGUAACAGUAAGAAUUUUCUCCAUCAUAUAAUACAUUUGAAAAUGAAUUGCAUGCCAUUUAUCAACACAAGCCAUCCAGCAUUUAUUAACAUGAUAUUCUAAAAUCGAUCUAGCUUACUGAAGUGUGCAACAAGUGUCUCCCAGCAGCCACCGCGCGAACGCACAGAGUAACAUUAUAACAUAAUUUUCAACACUCUCAAAUGUAUCUAAUAUGAUAAACAGAGCUGCGUUACCUCAUACUCAUGACCGGAAAAGCGGAAGCAGCGCCGGCGACUGUGGCAUAAUAAAAGUUCCGCUGCUCACGAGGCGUGUGUUGCAAUCGCUCCAGCGGCCUCGUUCAGCUCCCACAACACUCGGUCCUGCUCUGCUUCAUACUACAGUAAAGUUAAUAAUCGCAUCCAUGAACAUAAUUUCUUCCCGAGUCCUAUCCCGUUUCUUUUCCACCGGAUGUGAGGUGAAGACCACAUGUCCCAAGAUUCCGCGCUCAAACUUGGCCUCAUCAAGACUUGUUUUGAAUAGGCCUCUAGCGACCUUUAGCGGACAGAAAAUCCUACAUAUUGCACCUUUAAGACGAUUGACUAUUGAACAAGUCAGCAUGAAAUGGAAGUUGCAACCAUCUUUUCUUCCCUAUUGUGACGUAUAUCCAGGCUUAAAGCAAGUAAAGUGGCUUCUUGCAUGAGAAAAAUUUUGUCCAUUGGGAAUUAAUUGGAUCGUUAGAUCAUUAUCAUUUGCAAUUACAAGAGCACAUGAUUUAAAAAAAAAUAAUAAUGAUGUGCACAGAUAAAUCAUUAAUAAUAACCACUUCAGUAUUAAAUUAAAAAAUGUCCAUUUUUAUUUCAUGGUGGCUUUAAAAUGCGAAAGAAAUAAAAUCAUAUAAUAAAUGGUUUACUUAAUUGUCUAUCAACUUGUAGCUGAGCUAAGAGAGACAUUAUCAUUAAAAACACACAUAUCACCUUUAAAUUAAUGUACUUUGUUAGUUUUUAAGUAACACUUUUCUAAAUCUACUGAAAUAAUUUUAUGUAACAUUGCAGUUACAGGUUGACUUCACAAUUAGCAUGUUUACAAACAAACAUAUCUAAGAUACUUCAAUGUAUAAUUGUAUUAUAAAUAUGUUUCUUGUAUUUGUUUAUGAAUGUUAAGCUCUGUACUUACAGAGAACAUAGACUUACAUAACUGAACUUGUA